CAGUAAUGCAGCAUCAGAAUCCAAUAUGGCGCACCAAUAAUAAUUCAACUGCGAUUUGGAUUUAUUUAUGUAUCACAGGUCAGAAGGCUGCUGUAAGAAAAACCAGCAUUUUUGUAGAGAGAUUUGCUGCACAUCACAAUACAAGAUGUCAUCCAAGAUGCAUUACAAAAACUUGGGCAAAUCUGGGCUAAGAGUGUCUAUGGUUGGCCUUGGGACCUGGGUUACAUUUGGUGCGCAGACUUCAGAUGAGACCGCCGAGGAGAUGCUUACAUUGGCGUAUGAAAGUGGAAUCAACUUUUUUGACACGGCGGAAGUUUACGCGGCAGGAAAAAUUCAUUUUACAGACCAGAUAGCCAUGAGGGCUGAGAUUAUCCUGGGAAAGAUAUUGCAGAAGAAAACAUGGAGGCGUUCCAGCUACAUUGUGUCGUCUAAGAUAUACUGGGGUGGAAAAGCAGAGACAGAAAAAGGGUUGUCGAGGAAGCACAUCAUUGAAGGUUUGAAGGGCUCGCUGGAGAGACUACAGUUAGACUAUGUUGACAUUGUGUUUGCGAAUAAGCCAGACAUACACACCCCGAUGGAAGAGACUGUGCGAGCAUUUACCCAUGUUAUAAACCAGGGCUGGGCAAUGUAUUGGGGUACCUCCAGAUGGUCACCAACAGAAAUCAUGGAGGCAUACUCAGUGGCCCGGCAGUUCAACUUGAUUCCCCCAGUGGCAGAACAGACAGAAUAUCACCUGUUCCAGAGGGAGAAAGUUGAACUACAGAUGCCUGAACUCUAUCACAAAAUUGGCAUUGGUACAUUGAUCUGGUCACCAUUGGCAAGUGGCAUCCUGACAGGAAAGUAUGAUGAUGGAAUCCCCAUAUACUCCAGGGCUGCACUAAAAGGCUACAGUUGGCUAAAAGAUAAGAUAUUGAGUGAGGAAGGACGCAGACAACAAUCAAAACUGAGGGAGGUCGCUGAGGUUGCAGAAAAGAUUGGGUGUUCCCUCUCGCAGCUUGCAAUUGCUUGGUGUCUGAAGAAUGAAAAUGUCCACUGUGUUUUGUUAGGGGCCUCCACUGUUGAUCAGCUCUAUGAAAACAUCCAGGCCAUUCAGUAUGUACCCAAACUGACAGCAAACAUUAUACAUGAGCUAGAUCGACUUCUAGGAAACAAGCCACAGGCGAUUCGUCGCGACAACGUGUCCAGGUGACUAGCAACUCAACAGAGCCAUGAACAACACGGGGAGGACUCGCCCCCGCACACUGAAGCCCGCCACACACAACGAAAAGCUUCUAUCGACUACAGCAAUGCUGCCUGCUCAUUGCAAUAAACAAUGUUGGGGAAUUCAUGCUUGAUGCAUUUAACACUGAUGUGGUUCUCGUGCAAUUAACACGAGUGGGGUGUGAAAUUAUUUUGAAUUUUAAGUGGCCUGUUGUAUAAAAAAUCAUAUUUUUGGGCAGGUAAAUAAUAGUAUAAAAUUUGGAUAUUUCCUUUUAGCAGAAGUGUUCUUAAAUUUGCAGAUAUUCUUUUUUUCUGCAUUUUUUGCCCUCCUGUCAGGAAAUUAAAACAUUUGAUAAAAAAUGAUUUCAUUGCAUUUUGAUUUAUAUAAGAGAUAUGAUUUUAUGAAAACAAACCAAACAUUAUUUUGACAGCUACUUUAUUCAACUGUGAAAAACAAGGGGGAAAAACAUGGUUAUUACGUCCGGCUCUGUUGAAUUUUGAGGAGGAAUAAGGAGAGGAUUUUUUGACUUAUGAUUUUGUGAUAAACACGACAAAAUGUUUGUCUAUGAGGAUGAAUUUGUGUUAAACAAGACAUAAUGUUUGUAUAUGAAGUCUAUUAUGCUUCCUUGUGUUGUUCGCUCGGAGACACUUUAGGAGUGUUACAGUACUCCUGUACACUCAAUAAUAACAAGCUUUGAAGUUGUAGGCUUGAUUUAGGGGCUUGCUCUCAUAUGGCCGGUCGCUGACCUAGCAGAUAUGGCCGGUCACUUACCCAGCAGCUUUGUAGGUGCCCAACAUGUAGGAUAGAAAUUUGAAGAGGAAAUGUUCAUCAAUUGAGAUAUACUAUAAAUCCUCAAACUGGCCUUUUAAAUGAGAGAGGUGAUAGAUAACUAUAAAAACAACAACACUGCCCUCUACAUGGUACACGUUUGUCAGUCUUGACUUUGAAUUUCAACCAAAAGUUAAUCAGAAAUAAUCUUCUUUAAGAAUUAUGAUUAUAUAUUAUAUAUGAAUGACAAACACAUUGGGUCGAUUGCUCAAUACUCUGUCAAAAUAAACAAAGUUGUGAAUUUGGUCUUUGUGUACUUCAAAUAUUUACUGCUCUGGAAUAGAAUGGAUACACUAGAAAUUAAUAAUAUAAUAAAUUUCAGACAACUGGUUCAGCUGUACUUGUAUAAUUUAAAUUAUGAGCACUAUGUCAAAUAUUAUAUGUUGAAAAGUUACUUUUCAUAUUGUUUCGUAUUGUUAUGGUACAAGAUUUGUCGCAGAUUAUGUGGUUUAUAUUUCAAAGUAGCAUUUAUUGUAUUAACUCUUCCUAAUCUCUAGCAGAAUAAAGAUCAUGUACCCUUCAUUAAGUGUAAAUUAUAGAGAACAAAAAUCAACAAAAUACUGUUUCAGUCUCCGUUGUCCCAGGCAUAAUAUGGCAUGUUUUCGUGUUUCUUAUUCAACAUUAAAGUGAUGUCUGGCAUAUUUACAUUUUUGGGUGAAAAAUAGAAGUGAUUGAAUGAAACAUCAUUACGGUGUGAUAUAAAAUGCAUAAUAUGAUAGUUGUUAUUGUAAAUAAUUGUAUAGCAAAAGUUGUUUUGGGAUGCAAUUUUUAUAGUCCCCUUUAUAUGCAUUUUUAACAUGUGUGUUUUUCAAAGAAAAAAUCGUAAAUCAUCUUUGUUGUUACCUUCAUUGUAUUUGUUAGGCAGAAGUUAAAUGUUGGCUAAAUCAAAGAAAAUCUUAAGAUAUUAUGAAUUAUAAAGCAUAUGUUUAGAAAGUUCUAUAACUCUUGCAAACAUUUUUUCAAUUGUGAUCAACUGAUAUAAAUGGACUUAUGUUGAUGAGUUUGAUGUGUGCUUAAUAAUAAACGUGUAAGUAAGAUAUUUAUUGUAGAAAUCAGGGCUAUGUUGUUAAGUUUGUUCCCUUUUUGAUUAUUGAUUAUAAUCUAUUUUUUCCAUUUUUCAUCCUUUUUUUUCAUUUCCCAUCUUCUUUUCCAUCUUUUUCCCUUUAUGAAUCUUGUUUUAUUUCUAUUUACUAUAUUUUUCUAUUUACCAUCUUUCAAUUUUCCAUCUUUUCUUUCAUUUUCCCAUCUUUUUUUCAUCCAUUUUCCAUGGAAUUUUUUCGUUUCCCAUCUGAUUUUUCAUUUCCCAUUCUUUUUUUUCAAUUUCCCGUGUAAUUUUUCCAUUUCCCAUUUUGUGAUAAAAGAGAGGUUGUGAAACACUGUGUAUGUGCGAUGAACUUUAUGUGUACUAGAGGUACAGUGAUUUUUUAGACUGCUUUGUAUCAUGAUAAACUCAAAUAGAAUUUUGAAAAAAAAGCACUCAGAAAUAAUGUUUAGGAUGGCUUAUUGAAAAAAAGCCUGUGAUGCUCAAAGUCAUAACAUAAUGCAAAAGGAUUGAUCAAUGUUAAUGCUCAACUAUGGAUUGAAGAUUAAUUAACUAGCUUGUUUGCUCUUCGAAGAAAACCUGUCAAGGUAAUGCAUUAGCCUAAAAGAGGUGUAAUUGUUGGUGUCAGCAUUUUUCACACAAAAGCUUCAACCUUGGCCAAUACUAUAGAGUUUUUUCAAGAUAUUCAAAUUAAACUUGAAACAGUGCACGUUACAAGAGACUAUUUACAUGUAUUAUCUUAGCACUGUCCGUUACUCUGACUUGAAUAAUUCUUGAGUAACCCCCCUUUGUUUACUGAAAAAAGCUGACGAGCGUUGGCGUUUACUCCACAGCACUCGUGUUAAUUGGAUCAUUUCAUGAAACAAAUAUUGAAGGCAUGGAAAAUAGGAAUCAAUAUAUAAUAAAGUGACUAUCUAUAAGUAGUGUUACACAGUUCUUCUUAUGUGUCCAUUCUUCUUAUUAGCCAUUUGUAUUGUGCAUUUAUAUGAUUAAGCAUUCAGUUUGGUUAUAAAGUGUGUGAUAUUUUUUCUGAGCAUUCUUUUCUUGUCUAACAGUACCCUUAAAUUGUGAUUUAUCUUAUCAUAUGAUAUUUGGUGUGAUUUAUUAUGAACAUGAAUAAGUGCAAAGCAUCUUUGUUUCAAAAGUUUAUGAUGUUUAGGUUCAACUUGUGCUAGAAAGACAACUGAAAUUGACAAGUUAGUUCAAAAUGUAUUAUUUCCCUUUGUGUUCAAGGGAGUUAUUUCCCUUUGUGUUCAAGGGAGGUUACAACAGAAUGACUAAAUAGUCAAUUGCUGUUGUCUUUCUUGCAUUACUAGAAACCAAUAUAACACAGCUUUCUUCAGGUCUUCAUUCAUUUCUUCUAUGUACCCAGAUAGGAAUUUAUCUUGUUAUAAGACCUUUGUUUUCCUUGAAUGACAUACAGUAGAAAACAGCAUUCACAGGCAGAGCAGGAUAACCAAAAUGCCUUUAUUGGUAUCACAUACCUGAUCCAGGCACGCAAAAUUUCAUAACAGUUAUUCAAGAAACUUUGAAACAGAUCUUAAUUUUGCCUGUGGGAAGGCUGUUCAAUUUGUGCCCCAUUCAUUGUCGGGGAGUUGACCGAAUAAUAAGCGAUUCUCCAUUCAGUUGUGGUGUUAAUCAGUUAAAUAGUCCUGAGAGAAACACUGGAGAAGAAAAUUGUAAGUGUUAAGGUAUCAUUUUAAAGAAAAAAGAUCUUGCUUUUGGACAUUUUUGUUCUAUUUCCAAAAACGAAGGAAAAGCAACCAAUCUACUCUUUGUCAUUGUUAUUUAUGUAGUUUUUUUAACAGAACUUUUUAAAAUAUCUAUCAAAUGGUUAAGUAUGAAAUAUUUUGUUUGGUACAUGAUUAUAUUGCAUAGCGUUACUUAUUUAUGCUGUUUAUAUAAUUUAUUUAUGCCAAAACAAAUAAAGGUUUACAAUAGAACUAUAAAGUUGUUUAUUUUAUCUUAAUGAUAUUAAACUAGUACUAAUUUUUUAACACUGAAUGGGCCUAAUAUCAAACACACUCUAUUUUAUGAUAAAUUAUAUACUUUAAUAUAUUAUUUAUUAUAUAUGUUUUACAUUUUUUUUAAAUUGUUGAAGAUAUUAUUUUUAACAAAAUGUCAAAAAGUUUAAUUUGUAUUUCUUUUCAUGGAAAUAAUGCUUUGACUUAGCUACUGUUCAACUUUUCUUUUUAACUUCUUAAAAUCAAUUAUUUUGAUCCUAAAAGACACAUAUAUAAUUGGUUGCUUAACGAAGGCUCGUUUUUGGCCCUGAAAAUUCGCAAGAAAACUAAAGCAAUAAUGUUGUGUUUGAACAUGUUUAAAUAAGCUACAAACCUUUAAAAAUACAAAGGUAAAUACCGCUUUCUUUUAUUCCAUAUAACUAAAAACAUGGCCACAAUUGUCAAAAAUCAUCAUUUUUCACCUUCUAAACAGUAUUUUCUCUUCCAAAUAAUACAAAUUGAUUGGUAAGAUUCAACACAAACAUUAUUUAUUAGCGCUCUUUUAUGUUCAUAUAUUUUCAUUACUUAGAUAUUCAAACACCAUAGUUUCUUCCUUCAUUUUUUCGCAAAUUUGCCAUGCUGAAAUCGAGCCUUCAUAGAUUUUCCCCUUGGUUUUGAUAGUGCAUUAUUAUCAUUCAAUAAAGGGAGUUUAUACUCAUAGGCAGGGAGCAAAAAAACACAGUUAUUUUGCUUCUUCUGUCAUAGUUUAUUUUUCAUUCUUUCAUUUUUGUUAAAUAGUUAGUCAGUUAUAAAGGGACUAUACACCAGAUGGUCUCAAAAUCGAAAUUACAGUAUUUCCUCAUAACAAGCCUAGAAUUAUCAAUACGAGCUACAAGUUACUGGUAUUUACAAAGUAGACAAACCCAGUAAAUUGCACAUUAGAAAAAUAUGCAAAAACUGCAAAAGAUAUGAGUCGUAAGCAAUGUGUUACAUCAGUAAGUAAGAGUAAAUGCGUUAUACACAAAGAUAUCAAUUUUAUAUAUAUAAGUUUUUGUCAUUUUUCUUGCAAUCAUUUUUGUCAUCUGGUGUCUAAUCACUUUAACCCAUUUUUUGAGUUAUUUCUUACUGGAACGUGCCACUCUAACAUUGUAUGCAUGUUUUCUGCUCUUAAAGCUUUGCACUUUUAGAAUUGUUUAUCAGCAACAUCAUAUUUAUAAACAGUUUAUUUACAUGCAAUGUCAAUCUUUAUUAAAAAUCAAAGUUUUA